CAGCGUGCGUCACAAUGGCGGGGAAGCAACGGUCGUCGCGGGGAUGACGUAGCGAGGCGUCUCCACGUCAGCCGGGGCCAAAGAUGGCGGAGGCGGAGAGUGAAGCCAAACAGCCGCUGUUUUCAGAUUUGGCUGACGUGUCGAUAUCAAGUGAUGUUCCUGUGGAGGGGCAAAUUACAGUUCCUGUCAAUUCCCAAUCACAGGAGGAUGAUUACUCCACUCUGGAUGAACCUGUCAAGGAAACAAUUAUGCGUGAUCUGAAGGCUGUCGGGAAGAAGUUUGUUCAUGUUAUGUAUCCUAAAAAGAGCAGCACCCUCCUUAGAGACUGGGAUUUAUGGGGUCCUCUCGUACUAUGCGUUUUAUUAGCAAUGUUGUUACAAGGGGGUUCUGUGGAAAAUAAACACAAUGGAGGCCCACAGUUUGCUGAGGUGUUUGUCAUCGUGUGGUUUGGUGCGGUCGUCAUUACGUUAAACUCCAAACUGCUUGGUGGCACAAUAUCCUUCUUCCAAAGCCUUUGUGUGUUGGGCUAUUGCAUAUUACCACUCACGGUAGCGUUAAUAAUCUGCUCUCUCAUCCGCCUGGCUCCACAUUCAAGCACAACAGAAAUCCCGAUGGCAGUGGUUAUAAUUCGCUUUAUUAUCGUGCUGGCUGCAUUUGGCUGGUCAACGUUCGCCUCAACAGCAUUUCUGGCUGAUAGCCAGCCACCUAAUCGCAAGGCCCUUGCCGUGUACCCGAUAUUCCUUUUCUACUUUGUGAUCAGUUGGAUGAUCAUCUCCAAUGCAUCUGCAUGAGAGGCAGUGAUCCUGAAAGUGAGGACGAUGAAACUGGAGCGAUACAAAAAUCAUUUUUGUAUAGUUUUUGGAGACUUUAUUUGAGAGGCAGCCCGCCAUGCAGCUAAGGGAUCAAGAAAAAAUGACAUUUAGUUUAUAUAUUAUUGAAUGUACAGUGAUUCUUACAACCUGUAAAAGAGGUGAUGAAUUGAGCUCCUGUUGACUCUGGGGGAAAAUAUUAAUUGGAGUUAUGGAAUUGCAUUUAGAGACUCUUAGACAACAGAAUAAUCUUAUUCUUUUGGUGAUAUCCUUUAGAUAUAUUUUUCUCUACUGUAAAGGAAUUUAACAGGAAUUGAAAAUCCAAUUUCAUUUUGUCCCAAAACACUUUUAAUUUAUUGUGUUCAUUGAAGGAGGUUGAUUUGAAUUUUCUGUAUCCCCUAAAAUGAACUAUUCAAUCGAAUCCAUACAGAUAGAUUCCAUCAUGGUCCAAAUUAAGGGAGCUAAUCUCAACUGGUACACCAGAUAUUAUUAUUGGCCUUGCUGUCACUAGCCAAAUAAUAGGCAAUCGCCGAUAAUCUCUGGUUCUUUACACCAUCAAUGACCUUUGUGAUCGAUAUGUCAGGAUUGGAUUUGGGAAGUCGAUAACUUGGGAUGCUAAGUUUUAUAACUUUAAUACAUAUGUGGAAUGGAAAUUUAAACAAUGUGUUGAGGAAUCUUUAUUGCACACAGUAGUACUCUGUGAAGAUUUGGUGCCUUCCAGAGAUGGAUGAAUUCGGAAUGAAGUCUUUUGUUUGGAGAUGCCACUGGCAAUGUUGAAAAUAUACAAAUUUGAGCAAAACUGCUGGAGGAACACUGCAUUGUUCAGGCAACAAAACAUCUUCUGAGCAUUCCCUCUACAGAUGCUGCCUGACCCGAUCAGUUCCUCCAGCAUUUUGUGUUUUGCUCAAGAUUCCACUAUCUGCAGUUUCACGCGUCUCCAAGUAAGAACUUGUCCAGGAUUCAGAGCCAGGUUAAAUAAUUGUCAGAGGAGGUUUUAAUGAAAUACUAAUGGAAUGGAAAUUGCAAAAUUCUGUGCCAUUUUCAACAUACAAUGUAACUGUUUCCUCUUCUUAAUCAAAGAUAGAUUAUUUAUCCAAGAAAACCAGGGAGAUUAAUGUGCCAGUCAAUGGAAUGAUUCAACCUCAAAAAACUGUUCCUCUUUCAAAUAUGAUCCUGAGAAACUAUUGAAUAAUAUAGAACAAAAUGAAAAGUUGCCAAGAAAACGCUCCACUGAUUCAUUAGACCCAUUAGAACCAUCUGUCGACAAUAUUUUGAGGUGAUCGUGCAUUUUGGGGAAAAAAUAUUUAAAACUACUCACAGUUAUCGAGUCACAGUGGAGGGCUGAGUAAUACACCCAUCACACACGAAAGGUUUACAUGCCUUGUCUUUCUGGUUGUGGAUGUAUGUGAAAUGCGUAUUAGACGUGCCAAUUCAGUUCCUCAUCUCCACAAAUUUAAAGGACAAUGCUAAUCUGUAUUUGACGUUGGAACCUUUUUCUUAGAGAUUUGAGGAAUGGAAGAAGUGUGGCAUAGAUACAAAACAGCUCAAGCUGCAAUGAUGGAGCAGGACAAACCUGAUUGAGGAUAUUUUAACAUCUGAAGUGGAAAUUUAUCCUUUACUUCAUCAACAUAUAAAGUGGGUCAUGUGCUGACAUUCCUUCUAAUCACACUGAAAUUUGUAUCUGUAAAUUUGAGUCUCUUUUUAAUGUGCACCUGCAAUUGUUUUCUAGAACAGGCACUAUAAUCUUUGAGUAUAUAUACACAUUGUUUAUAUCAACUUUAUCAGUUAUUUCAGUAUUCGUAAUCACUAAAUAGCGGUAUUUAGUUAUAGACUACUAUCAGAAUAAUUUUGAAUGGGAAAGUUUUGUGUACGAAUUGUUGACCUUUAUUGCAACCCAACUACUGAAAGUUAUAGAAAAAAUGGGCCUUAAUAUGGAAAGACGGCAAAGUAUAUAUAUGGCACAAUAUAUAAAGAUGUAAAAGAGCAGAGAUGUCCUGGUGUCCAUACACAUAGCUUCAAAGGUGCACUGCCGUUGAUAAAGAAACAAAAUAUUUGUUUUCCCAUUUUAUCAUUUUAUGAUGAAACACAAAAAGUCUAUGCAGUGACUUUAUGCCACACUUUAAAUCCUCACCUGGAAUAUACUGGACACAGGAAUAUUUGCAGGAAUGUUGUGAAAGCCAUGGAGAAGGAGAUUUGUCUGGAUAUUUGUAGGGAUGAGUGACUUCAAUUUUGAGAAGUUGGUAAAGUUAAGACGGACAAGGUUAGAAGUUGGCCUAAUGAAUGUUUUUAAAAUGUUUAGAGUUUGUGAUGGAGUUGAUAGAGGAAAAACUAGAUAAGAGGUCAGGGAUUUUCACUUAAUCCUGAAGGAUCGAGAGGGAGUUGAGGAACGAUAUAUGCAUGCUGUUGUUGUCUGUAACUGGAAUGUUUUUAUGAGAAAAAAUUGUGGGUCUUCAAAAUAUAUAUUUAAAGGAAAGUUAGCUGCUUAUUAAAAAGAACAAUAAGGGUGACACAGUGGCGUAGCUGGUAGAGCUGCUGCCUUACAGUGCCAGAGACCCGGGUUUGAGCCUGUUCUUGGAUGCUGUCUUCACGGAGUUUGCACGUUCUCCCUGUGACCACGUGGGUUUUUCUGGGUUUUUCCCACGUACCAAAGACAUGCACGUUUGUAGGUUAAUUGGCCUCUGUAAACUGCCCCUAGUGUGUAGGGAUUGUUUGCGAAAGUGGGAUAACAUCGAAUUAGUGUGAAUGGGUGAUUAAUGGUCGGCAUGGUCUCGGUAAGCUGAAGGUCCUGUUUCCAUGCUGUAUCUUUCAAUUAAUCAAAAACUUCCAAGACUAAGCUAAAGAAAAACAGAACUUUAUGCAUAAACACGAUGUUCCAUCGCCAUCCAUUAGCAGUUCCCUUCUCUCCCCAAUUCCAUGAUCCCUAAACCUGCUUAGAUCUAACUUUGGGUUUGAAAUGUAUUUAUCUGGGGUGUAUACUGUAUAUUGAUUUAAUAUGUGCCUUUAUUAAUCACUGUUUAAUGGUGAAGUAGAUUAAUCAUACAACAAAGAUGAGAACGGUGAUUGCUUAACUGUUGACAUGGGACGGAAAUUUUGUAUCGAACUCCUAUCGUAGGAGCAAUAACAUCUAUUCCGUGAAACCCAUUUCUAAGUGUGAAGAUAAAUUAAUUGAACGUUAUCUUGUUUCACUGGGAGCUUAGAAACUAGAAUAGGCUAUUUGCCCACUAGAGUGUGUUCCACCAUUCACUUAGAUCUGCACAUUUAUUUUACUUGAUGAAUUACAAACUAGUUAACCCAUUCUUGUUUAACAAAAUUCUGUUGACCUUAAUCUUGACCAAUUCAACAGAUUUAUAGGAUGAAAGAACCAGAUUUCUGUUAUGUUUUACAUGGGAGAAGGAAACGGCUUCCUUAUUUUACGGUAAAAUGGAUUGAAUUAUUGGGUUCAAUUUUGGAUUAAAUUUCAUAUUUUGGUGGUUGUUCUAGAUUCCCCUGGCAGAUAAUAUUGUUCCUUUCACCUUAACUAUCUAAAUUCAAUUAAAUAAUAACAAAAUUAAAUUAAGUAUUCUCAUGAAUUAACCCAUUAACUUUGGUAUAAUUCUGAUGGAUGUUCAUUCUUGUUUGCUCCACCAGAGCUGUUAAUCUCCCGCUGUUUCAUAAAAAUCCUAUAGGCUUCUCUUGGCUCUCAUUAUAAACGUUCUCACAUUGAAAGUAAUUGUGAAAAGUUUUGCAACUUGUUCUGUUUUGUCAGUGUUCCCGUGGCUCUCUGGCCACAGUGAUAUAAAAGACUCAGAAUUAACACUAAAUAAUAAACAAAAUAGUGCUCUACUUAAUGCCAUUGACUGGUGGAAUUACCCCUCCAUUAUCACUCGUGUUCGAUACAUUUUCCAGUUAUGCAGUAUCAAUGUCCAAAUUAAUAUUGGGAGGAACGUCUGAGAAAUAGAAUUGGCUGUAGGCUAUUUUUGGUGUCGUGGACAAAUUUCCUUCACCCAUCUGUACAAAAACUGGAUGAGGAAAGUUAAUCUUGCAGCACAUUGUGACAAUUUAAUAGAACCAUUAAGAGCCAGUGCAUUGUUGCAUCUGUUGAGAACAUUUUGAACUGUUAUGUUUCUAAUAUUGGAUGCACUGGUUGAUUUAUGAUGAUGAUUUAUGAGUAUGACCCACGUCAUAGCAUUUUCCAUCCUCUAGGCACCUUUGCAGCAUUUUGGCAUAAAUAUGAUAAAAUAUGCUGGGGACAACAUUGUAAUAGAAAAUUGAGGAUAUGGCUAAUUAAGUGGUUAGAGACUGAAUGUGAAGGAUUAGUUUCAAUUUCUAGACAUUUCAGAUUAUUUUUCUUCUGUAUUUUCUAUUCGGAAGAGGGAUGGGUCGGGAUCUGGGCUUUAUUUUCUACAAGGUUGGAAUCAAUACAAUAAUCUGUAAGUCAUGCAACAAAUGGGAAUGGUGCCUCUGGUAUUUGCAGGGAAGAUUUUUGAAUUUCUGAAGCCUUAAAUGUAAUGUGAAAUUUCUGUUGUAAAUACUUGCACAUUGUAUGUUUAUCGGUUUAUUACUCGAGGAUGGAAAUACUUUUCUCCCCUUUAUCGGCUGUAAAUGUUUGCUUUUAAUAUGGUUGAAUCUUGGAGAUUUGCAGUUGUGUUCGGAAAAGCACACAGCUUUACAAUGCUUUAAUACAGACGGAAAUGAGAAAUAAAAAUUUGUUGCCAUCUUCAAUUG